CCAAACUCGGGGGAGGAUCAACAAAAUAACCACCCACGAGACUAGAACCAAAAUGAAUCCUCUCCGCUACCUCGCCCCUCCGACGCCCUACAAGGAGCUUUCUACCUCAAACAAGAAAGGCCUGAAGGAGCGUCUUAGCUACGCCGAGGCCCUGCAGCACCACCCGGGCCUGCAGCUGUCGGCGGAGGGCAACGAGCAGCUCAACGCCUACCUGCAAGCAUGUGAGACUCUCCUCGAGGACUCAGGCAACAUCAACGCCGCCAUCCGCAUGCAGCAAUACGAGCAGUCUCUCGAGCCAACAGCUGGCAGCCCCGUCAACAUCUCCUUCGACCUCGCCACCAAGGUCAAGCUGGGCGAGGAGCUCGACAACCUGUAUAGCGUAUGGGCCGUCCAGCGGUACCUGAAGUACCUGCCGGUCAGCAUCCAAGAGGAAGCCGCCAAGCACCCUUCCUCCAAGGUCGAGGAUCCCUGGCACAAGGCUUUUUGGACACCGUUCCACGGCCGGCUGGACGCCGAGACCGAGGCGUUCGCCGAGGUGCUAGCGGGCCAGAACCGCCACAACGACUGCCCCACCUCCAUUCUGCUGAUGCUACUGUGCGACCGCCACACGGUUGACUGGGACGAGACGCGCGCUUUGAUCCGCCACUGCGCUGUGGGUGACGCUCUGCCCGAGGGCGACUUCGGAGAGCUGCUGCGCACCAAGGACGUCGCGGGCCUGGCGACGCGGCUCGCCCGCGACGAGGCCGGCUGGUCUUGCUCGACGGAAUAUGUGCUCGGCGUCAGCACGAUCUUGAUGGGCUUCUUUGCCAAUACCCUCGCCGAUACGCUGUUCGAUACCGAGGAGAUCAUGGAGCCCGCCAAGUGGGAGCCCCGCAAGCCGUUGCGCGAGCGGCUGGCUCUCGCCGACGGCCAUGAGCAGGCGUUCCGUGAGCUGUUGCAGGAGAUGUAUCUUCAGAUGCUGGAGGGGUCGGAUGAUGAGGAUGAUGACUUCCCUGAGUAUGAUGAUUAUGAGCUGUCGGAUGGGUCGGAGGGGUAUGAGGAGUUUGGGUGGCCGGAGACGAAUUCACGGCUCCCUUGGGAGCCUCACCCGGGGGAUGAGGAGGGGGAUGAUGGGGUUGAGUCGGAUGAGUAUUAAGUAGGCGGGCUUGUGGGUGUGUUCUUUCUCAAAGCAUAUUUUUUCGGAUUUAUAUCACUACAUGAAUGCGCGCACAUGGCGUUUGUUGAU